AUGGCCAACAAACCUAAUGAGCAUAACCAGGAAGAUCAAAGAUCGAAUGAAAGGCAAAUCCAGAAUCAUCAAUUAGUGAACCAAGAUUUGAGAGGUAAGGCAAAAAAUGGAAUAGUUAUCAAUGAGCCUACCGAGAUGCAGAUGUCUCCCAUGGAGGAAGAUGUACCUGGUAAAGGUAAAAACAAAAUGGAGGAAGAAACCAAACAAAACAACAUACAGAGGAGUGAUCAAAAUAUUAACAAGAAGAAGAGGGUCAGAGUGAAAAAGAAGAACCAAAUCAUCGAUAGCAAUGAAGCUCAACUCCAAAACACAACCUUGGGAAAAGGCCAACCAAGUAGCAAGAAAACUGAUACAACAACCAAACCAUCGGAGCAGAAUACUAGCAACAAAGAAGACAACAACACUACCAUCGACAAUGAUCAAAACAGUAGACACUCGUUCCAGGAGAAUAAUACCAAUGGUGAGAACAACACCAAUCUCAUUGAGGAGGAAGGCAACAGCAGAAGCGGAUCAGAACAAAACAACAACAAAAACAACCAUGCAAUUGAUCCAGGAGAUGCCCAUAACACCUAUCUUAAACUUAUUAGUGGUACCAGCUUAGAAGAGGAUAAAGAGAGUGAAAAUAUGUACAUCUUCAAUAAUAUUCAAAUGGCAGAAUCAUCCUUUGAGGAUGACGGGGAAGAGGACAGCGAAGAAGAUAGUGACUAUGAGGAUGAUAUGAGCAUUGAAGAAACUGAUGAUUUCGAAAGUGUUGACAGUGAAAGCUUUCAGAAUGAGGAUCAACCUGUGAACCAUACAACUGAUGAUCAUGCGGUACAACUAAUUGAAACUUUCAAUUCCAAUGCUUUAGUGGAGAUAAAUGUAAGCUCUGAAAUUGAUAAGAUUGUUGAAAGAGCUCACCUAUCACCUAGAGGUAGAGGAAGAGGCAGAAAUAACAUCAAGAGGGGUAGUCACAAACCCAGAGGAAGAGGUGGAAGAUUCACCUAUCAACAAGCUGUGGUUAUACCACAGGAACAAAACCUCUCCAACUGA